AUGACGCGUACGAACGCGACGGCAGAGAACGGCAGAGGAGGCAGUAGCAACAGCGGCGGCGACGUCGUCGUCGUUGGGCCCGCGAAGAAGACCUUGAUCCGCGUCGGCAAGUAUCAGAUGCUGGGGCCCCUCGGCAAGGGAAACUUCGCGCGCGUCGAAGAGGCCAUCCACACCGUCCUCGGAGUCAAGGGCAUAUACAGAAAGAGCGGUGUUAGUUCCAAAGUGAGAGAACUCAAAAUAAAAAUGGACGAGGGCGACUUAGAGAAGGUGGAUUUCGAGAACUAUCAAGUGCAUGUCCUAGCUGCGGUGCUGAAGAGUUUUUUCAGAGACAUACCGGAACCGCUCUUGACCUACGAAUAUUACGACGACUUUCUGCACGCGGCAAACCUGACGGAUCCGCACGAUCGAAUCAGCACGCUCUUCGCCAUACUGAAGAAAUUGCCGAAACCGAAUUACGAUCUGAUGGAACGCUUGAUUGUUCAUCUGGCGCGACGUUUAGGAGCGCGCGGGGCGAGGGACGGCAUCGAGAGUUUCCCAGUGUGUCACGCGUUUCUCUUCUGCGCGCCGACGCCUUCGACGAAGAUCAUGAAGACGAAGACGAAGACGACGACGGCGAAGAGGACCACGACGACCGACGGCCACUGCGUAGUUUCGCGACUGGAACGCGGCCGGUUCGCGUCGUUAGUCGCGCGGAUACACGCACGCGUCCACGCGUCGGCGUGCAGGUGCAGCCUCUGCGCUCCGGGGAAAUACGCGCAUAUACGCAUGUUAGGUACUUUGAACCCCGGACCAGCGUCGUCUUUGUCACAAGCGACUGAGCCAGUGGUUUCUCCGCAGGGGGUGGCGAUUAAGAUAAUAGACGUCGAGCAAGGCAAGAAGGAUUACGUAAUGAAGAACCUGACGAGGGAAGCGAAGGUCCUGUCAAUGCUGCAACAUCCGAGUAUCGUGAGGCUCUACGAAACUAUCCGGUGUGGAUCCGUGUACUAUCUCGUGACGGAACUCGCGACCGGCGGCGACCUGUGCACACACAUUAAGGAGCAGCCGGCCGGUAAACUGGACGAGAACACGGCGAGGCUCUACGCCAGACAGCUGGUCGCCGCGCUCAAGCACAUGCACUCGAAAGGAGUCGUUCACCGAGAUCUUAAAAUGGAGAACAUCGUACUACAGGACGAACGCAAGGAACAGAUCAAGAUAGUGGAUUUUGGUCUCAGCAACAUUUACGCUAGCGACGAUCCACUGCGAACACACUGCGGUUCCCCAGAGUACGCUGCUCCCGAGCUUUUCGUUGUAGGUAAACGAUACGGGCCGGAAGUGGAUAUAUGGAGCCUAGGAGUCGUUCUAUAUGGAAUGACCAUCGGUCGACUUCCAUUUCUGUGUCCCCGCGACGAAUGGACAUCGUCGGAGGAACGUCGACGGAGGCUGAUGAUCCAGAUCAACAGGGGCUUGACAUCGAUUCAGGAAAAAGCCAUGUGCCGAACGUCGAUCGAAUGCAGGAACCUGAUAAACCGCCUACUCGUCCCAUCGGCUCGCGAGAGGAUCACCAUUCGAGAGAUCCUUCACCACCCGUGGAUCCUCGCGUCGUCGAAGAGCAAUUUUCAUCUUCGCUCUGAAGACGAUUUGAACGUCUCCAAUCACGCCUCGAUAGUGAACGAGAUCGCGACGGCAAUGCGAACAACCACGGCUGCUGUCGAGGCUGAAAUAAUGAGACGAAAGUACGGAGAAGUCGGCGGCAUGUAUAAUAUUAAAGAGCACAAAUUGCAACAAGCAGCCGCUGCUGUUUAUCAGUUAGCACCGCGACUUCUUCGCAAUUCCACGUGUCGAACUGAAGACAUUUCAUCGUCGACCAUGACUAUCAGAACGACGAAAGAUAAUUUUCGAAACGGUACAUCCGGGAACUCUGACAAUACCGAUCGCAUAAUUGUCAUGCGACGCGGCCAGCUGCAAGAUCGAUCGGUCAAGAAAUCCUCAUUACACGGUUCCACGAUGUGGAACUGGCGAUGCCGUUCCGGAAACGAAAAUCGCUCUUCCGAGGAACGGAGAAAUUACGUAAAAUUCGACUUCCUUUUGCCCCACGUCCCCAAUCCCAACGAUUACGAUCACGUCGAUCAUACGGAGAUCCUUAGCCAUUGUUAAUUUCUCGUCUUUUCAGAAAAUUCGUUACGAUAUCACGGACACCUUAUCAAACCAGCAGAGUCGUGCGCCGCAAAUUAUUAAA